UUUGACAGUCUUCUCAUGCUGUUUCUGUCACCUUCUUGGUCAGAAGAUACUAUUUCAACUUAAACUCAGAAUGAUCGAAACAUACAGCCAACCUUCUCCUCGAUCGGUUGCCCCUGGACUGCCCACUAGCAUGAAAAUUUUUAUGUAUUUACUUACUAUUUUUCUCAUCACCCAGAUGAUUGGAUCGGCACUUUUUGCUGUGUAUCUUCAUAGAAGGUUGGACAAGAUAGAAGAUGAAAGGAAUCUGCAUGAGGAUUUUGUAUUCAUGAAAACGCUACAGAGAUGCAGGAGAGGAGAAGGAUCAUUAUCUUUGCUGAACUGUGAAGAAAUUAGAAGCCAGUUUGAAGGCUUUGUCAAGGAUAUAAUGCUAAACAAAAAGCAGACGCAAAAAGAAAACAGCUUUGAAAUGCAAAAAGGUGAUCAGGAUCCACAAACUGCAGCACAUGUCAUAAGUGAGGCCAGUGAUAAAACAACACGUGUUCUAAAAUGGGCCGAGAAAGGAUAUUACACCAUGAGCAACAAGUUGGUAACCCUUGACAAUGGGAAACAGUUGACCAUUAAAAGACAAGGACUCUAUUAUAUCUACACCCAAGUUACCUUCUGUUCUAAUAGAGAUCGUUCGAGUCAAGAUCCAUUUAUGGUCAGCCUCUGUCUGAGGUCCGCCAGUGGAACUGAGAGAAUCUUACUCAGAGCAGCAAAUGCCAACACUUCCUCCAAACCUUGUGGGCAACAAUCCAUUCACCUAGGAGGAGUAUUUGAUUUGCAAGCAAAUGCUUCCAUGUUUGUGAACGUGACUGAUCCAAGCCAAGUGAACCAUGGGACUGGCUUCACAUCUUUUGGCCUACUCAAGCUCUGAAGAGUGCAAACUCCCAGGCUGCAGCGGGGUGAAGCUGGCAGACUUCUUAAUAUAGCAAAGCAGUUAGGGCCACCUCCUGUUGAACUGCCUAUUUAUAACCCUAGGACCUUCCUCACAGAGAACUAUUUAUUAUGUACCCCGAGGCACAUAGAGCUGGAAUAAGUGAAUUACAGGGUGGGUGGAACUCUAAGAGACUCUGCUCCAUAAGAGCUUAUUUUCUGAAAUGGCAAUCCCCACUGAUGCAGAUGUGCAGAAGAUCCUAUGAAAUGACAAGGCCAUGAUGCACAGAUAAUUAGCUAAGUUCAAUUGUGUUUCUUUACAUUGUCUUUCAGUGAUGAUGCAGAAGGGAAACUGGAAGCUUCUGCUUACAUUCUAUUGUUAUUCACUCUGGGUCCUUGUAGAGGAAGCCAGGACAGGCUCUACAAAGACCACCCAUAAAUAACCACCUUCAUUCUCUCUCUCUCUCUCUCUCUCUCUCUCUCUCUCUGGGUCUCUCUUCACUCAUUUUUGUUCUCUGGGUCACUUUAUUUCUGAGUCUCUCUUUCUGGAUCUCUCUCACUCUGUCUCUGUCUCUGUGUCUGUCUGUCUCUCUCUCUCUCUCUCUCUCUCUCUCUCUCACACACACACACACACACACACACACACACACAGAGUGGCAAGCUAUUGCUAACUGGUUUUUUCCCCCUGUCCCUACCUACAGCACUAUAGAUUGGGGGUGGGGAGUGGGGAGAACAGCUCUGCACCUGCCCUCUCCUCACCAAAAAAAAAUGACUGUAUUUAAAGGAAAUCUAUUGUAUCUCCCUGCACGCUCCAUUGUUUUAGAGUGAAUUUGUGAUUAUCUUGUUAUUUAUUUUUUGAAUAAUAAAGAUUCCUUAACAUUA